CGAUUCUUCCUCUGAUCAUUGGCACCGCGUACAUAUGUCGCGCAUGCGCCAUUGGUAAUGUGUAGGAGCCAUCUUGGAUCCUUUUUUUUGCAGCUGGAGUCGUGUGUCGUCGUGUUGAGGAGCCUCCGACACUCUCUCGCACACGCACACAUUGUAUUGCAUAUUUGUUGCAGCAACGUGUUUUAAAGAAAAGAAACCAUGCCGACUUAUUUCUUAAGACCUGAGAAUGCCCUCAACCGGGCUAACGAAUUUAUUGAUGUGGACAAGAAACAACGUGCCUUGGAUGUCCUGUACGAUGUCAUCAAAAGUAAGAAACACCGCACAUGGCAAAAGAUUCACGAGCAGAUUAUGGCCAAGUACCUUGAGCUUUGUGUCGAUCUUCGUAAGAGUCACAUUGCAAAAGAGGGCUUGUACCAGUAUAAGAUUAUUUGUCAACAGGUGAGCAUCAACUCUCUCGUGGAUGUGGUGGAGAACUAUUUGAAGUUGGCUGAGAAGACAACUGAGAAAGCUCGUGAACAAUCUCACCAAGCCGUUGUUGAUGUUGACGAUUUGGACAACCCUGAUACUCCAGAGAGCUUGUUAAUGAAAGCUGUGAGUGGUGAAGACACACAGGACCGAACAGACCGUGCCAUUCUGACACCAUGGGUCAAGUUUUUGUGGGAGUCUUAUCGUCAAUGUCUGGAUCUUUUGAGGAACAAUUCUCGUGUUGAAAGACUGUACCAUAACAUUGCACAGCAAGCUUUCCUCUUCUGCAUCAAUUACAACCGAAAGACAGAGUUCAGGAAACUAUGUGACAAUCUCCGCACACAUUUGAUGCAAAUCAACAAACAGCAGCACCAGCAAACUGCUAUCAACCUGAACAAUGUGGAGUCACAAGCAAUGCAUUUGGAGACACGUCUGGCUCAGCUGGAUAGUGCCAUCAGCAUGGAGCUGUGGCAGGAAGCUUUCAAAGCUGUAGAGGAUAUUUAUAACUUGAUCAGUUUAUCAAAGAAGCCGCCCAAGCCCGCUCUGAUGGCUAACUACUACCAGAAAUUAGGACUUGUUUUUUGGAAAUCAGGAAAUCAUCUAUUUCAUGCCUGCACACUACAUCGACUUUUCCAUUUGUCCAGAGAUCAGAAAAAGAAUUUGUCUCAAGAGGAAUUACAAAGAAUGGCAACUCGUGUAUUGUGUGCCAGUUUGGCUAUUCCAAUUCCUCCGGCUAGAAAUGCUAUUGGUCAGUUAUUGGAUAUGGAUGAGAGUACUUUAGAGAAACAACGUCGUUUAGCCACCUUGCUAAUGCUCAACAACCCUCCCAACAGACAGCAACUUAUCAAAGAUUUGGUGAAAUACAGUGUUAUACAGUACGUUUUCCCCGAGCUACAGAACCUGUAUCGAUGGCUGGAGAUUGACUUCCAUCCUUUGAAAUUGUCUGAUCGUGUGAAACCCUGUAUCGAAUUCAUCAACAACCAGCCUGACUUGAAGCAGUAUGUACCAGCUCUGCAAGACAUCAUCAUUACCCGUGUACUUAAACAGGUAUCUCAAGUCUAUCAGACCAUAGAAUUUAACCGUCUAUCUGUUUUGGUACCAUUUGCUUCUUCAUUCCAUUUAGAAAGAGUGAUUGUCUCUUCUGCAAAGCAUUUAGAUCUUCAGGUGAGAAUUAACCAUCGAACCAAUUCAUUGAGUUUUGGUACUGACUUGGUCCUUGCCCAGAAAGAAGAUAUCCCUGAAGGCCCCUAUAUCCAAAGCAUGCCAAGUGAACGUAUCCGCAAUCAACUUUCAAUCAUGGCUCAAGUUCUACACAAGUCUGUACAACUGGUUCGUCCAAAGGAGACUGAAACUGACAAGGAAGAUCAGAGGAAAGAGAUGAUUGAAACUUAUCGUUUGGCAGCAAAGGAGGAGCAUAAAAACAUUCUGAAGAGACGACAAAUCAUUGAGAACCGCAAAGAACAGUUAGAACAUCUUAACGAUCAGAGGGAACGAGAGGAACAAGAGCAACAAAAAGAGCAACGUCGCAAGGCGUAUGAAGCUGAAAUGGCUCGGUUGGAACGAGAGGCUAAGGAGCGUGAAAAACAACGGUUGGAAGAGGAACACAAGGAGAUUCAAAGACGACAUGCCAAAGAACGCAUUGAGCAACUCCGCAAAUCGGAGAUGGGUGCAAAAUUCUUACAAAAUAUUGAUGAAGAAGACUUUGCUGAUUUGGAUGUUGAUGAGAUCAUGGCACGACAAGUGGAACAGCUCGAGAAAGAGAAAAAAGAGCUACUGGAGAGGUUGAAGGCUCAAGAAAAGAAGGUUGACUAUUUUAGCCGAGCUAAGAGACUGGAAGAAAUACCUUUACUUGAAGACCAAUUCAAGGAGGAGAAAGUACAAAACCAGAAGUUCUGGGAAGAACAGGAGAAGGAAAGGAUUGAAGGACUUAGAAAGGAACGAGAAAUGGCUUUGGAGACAUGGAAUCGUCUCAACCGCAUGAAAGAUGAGAGAGUCAAGUUUGUCAAGAUUUUGUCAGAAGCAAGAAAGUCUGACUUUAAUGACAGAUUGAAGAAAUUUGAAGUACACAUGCAAGAUGAAGCCAAGAAUCGGCUCAAGAAACGCAAGGAAAAACGUAAAAAAGAACGCCGAGAGAAGUUCUAUCGCGAGAAGGAGGAGGCAGAAAUACGGUUGAAGGAAGAGACGGAGAGAAAAGAAAUAGAAGAAAGAGAAGAAGCUGAACGAGUUGAACGUGAGAGACGUGAACAAGAGGCACGAGAAAGAACAGCGAAGCUGCAAGAGCAGUUUGCUAAACAGAAGGCUCGUGAGAAAGAGAUUGAAGAGAAAGAAGCGCGAAGAAGAGAAGAGCAGCUUAGAGAGAAGCGUGAAGCAGAAACCGCAUCACACUCCUGGAGAGAUGCCAGUCCUAAGGUGGAGAAGGUUUCUGAUAUAGCUAAAGAGAAGAUACCAUGGAAACCGAUAUCCAGAGAAGGUGGUUGGCGUGAACGCACUCUGCAGAGGGAAGACAGCUGGCGCAAGCCUGAUUCUAGCAAAGAAGCUGAAGAUAUACAAUGGAAACAUGGCAAGAGUGAUCGCAUUCCUGCACGGGAUGUGAGAUAUGAAGACCCUCCUGAUGAACCGGAUAAGGACGAUGAUAACUGGCGCAGCCCUGCUGAUAUGCCACUUAAAGAUACUCCACUAAGAGAAAGCUCUGGAAGGAUAACUCCGGCCAAAUAUCCCCAAGCACAAGAAUCAAUGACAUCCAGAGACAGCUGGCGAGACAAGGGUUUAAGUGAUGUGGAUAGAGGGGACAGAGACAGAUUCCGUGAUGACAGAUGGGGACGAAGGGAAGAGCGUCGUGGUGGUGAUGAUGAUGAGUGGAGAAAAUCAAGAGGUUCUGGCAGAGAUGACGUGUGGAGAGGUCGUGAUAGGGAUGAUACCAGUAGCAGUAGCUGGAGAGACAGGGGUGGGGCUCGAGAAGAGGGCAGUAGCUGGCGGGAUAAAGGCUCUUCUAUGGACGACCGCUGGCGCAGUACACGAGAUGAACGAGGUCCACCAAGAGAUCCAAUGUGGAUGCGUGACAGAAAACCACCCUCUUCACGAGAUGAUGACUGGAAAGACAGAGGAAUAGGUGAAAGAGGUGGCUUGAGAGACAGAGAUGGACCUCGUGACAGAGACGGACCUCGCGAUAGAGAUAUGCUCCGUGAUAGGGAUGGGCCUCGUGACAGAGAUGAUAACUGGGCCAGUGACCGGCCUAUGCCAAGAAACACAGAUGAUUUCCGGGAAAAAUCUGGAAAGUCCUUGGGUAGCUGGCGAGGUGGUGACCGUCGAGAGGAAAGAGGGCCUCCAGGCCGUGAUUCAGAUUGGAGCAGGCGAGGAACUGAUCGUGGUCCCCCUGGCUUUAACAGUUCUCGUCAAGAUGGAUCUUCACCACGGAAUUGGCGAUCAGGUGGUGGUCCCAGUGGCGGUGGUGGUAGCAGCAGUGGUGGUGGUGGAGGAACCCGCGGAGAGGACGAUGAUGGCUGGACUACAGUUCGAUACUAGUGUUUGCUGCCAGCACUGAUAUUAGCUCAUUAAUGAUAUAACAAAUAGGGAUUUAUCAUCCCCAACACCGCUGCCAUAUUAUUAUUAUUACUACUACAGCCCUUUAA